AACGACCACCACCUACAUGGGAACAAUGAGAUCAUAGCAAGAGCACAGAAUUACCUGCACUACUAAAACAAUGGUCAGUUCCAAUUCCCUUCACACCACCACCAUCUUCUUCCUCCUAAUGAAUUUGCUGCUGGCUUCUUUCUCUACCUGUUCUUCUGCUACUGAUACUACUGCUACUGCAUCCACAACAACCGGCGCUGCAAACCGACACCGUUUCUCCAAAAUCUAUGCCUUCGGGGACUCUUAUACCGACACCGGGAACACCCAUUCAACAACUGGUCCAUACUCCUACGGCUAUGUAUCAAGGCCUCCCUAUGGCACCACCUACUUCCACCGCUCCACCAACCGCUACUCCGAUGGCCGCCUUGUGGUAGACUUUCUUGCCACCGCCCUUUCCCUACCUUUCCUACCUCCAUACCUUGAUCGGUCUUCUUCCGACCUCUCCCAUGGCGUCAACUUCGCAGUCGCAGGGUCGACGGCAAUCGAGCAUGAGUUCUUUGCCAGGAACAAUAUUACGAUGGACAUCACCCCACAGUCACUGAUGACACAAUUCAUGUGGUUCAAGAAGUACUUAGAACGGAAAGGGUGUCGAGGGAAUGGAUCACCCAGGUGUCGAGCAGAAAUGGCGAAUGCACUCUUCUGGGUUGGCGAGAUUGGAGCCAACGACUAUGCUUACAGCUUCACAUCUUCUCUCUCACCUAAUCUCAUUCGGGAGCUUGCUGUCAAGAAUGUCAUCAACUUUCUACAGGCACUGCUUGAAAACGGUGCCAAGCACAUCGUUGUUCAGGGACUGCCGCUAACAGGAUGCCUGCCACUAGCAAUGGUGUUGGCACCAGCUGAUGACAGAGACGACAUCGGGUGCACUGCAAGUGUAAACAACCAGAGUUACACCCACAACCUGCUUCUCCAAAACAAGUUGCAGGAUCUCAGAAGACGAUAUCCAGAUGCCAUCAUCUCUUAUGCUGACUACUUCAGUGCCCAUCAUGCUGUCAUGAAGAGUCCAUCCACUCAUGGCUUUAUAGAGCCCUUUAAGGCUUGUUGUGGUACAGGUGGUGGCCCCUUUAACUUCGACCUCUUUGCCACAUGUGGAUCACCAAAUGUUUCUAAAGCUUGCUCAAAUCCUACCAAGUUUGUGAACUGGGAUGGAGUCCACCUAACUGAAGCGAUGUACAAGGUUGUUUCGGACAUGUUCUUCCACCGUGGCUAUUGUAGACCAUCAUUCGAUAUAUUACUCAGCAAUAAGAGUCAUUAGAGCUGAAGCACUCACCUUCGAUCACUGUUGUACCCUCUAAGCAUUAGUAGAAGACUGUACCUGAGUAAUAUGAGUUCUGUACCUUAAAUGAUAUGAGCUUUGAGUGCAUGACAUAAUAAAUUAUAGUUUCAUUGUAUGCAA